AUGCCCUCACAGGUAGAUGGUAUUGUCUCACGAACAGUGCAGUCCCACUCUGAUGGCCCUGGGGACCUGCGGGCUCAGGGGAGAGACCCGCAGCAGUUGAUCCAGACCGCUGGCCCGAGUGCCUUGACCACUGGCGCUUCAUCCUCCCGGAGACGAGUGAAGGGGAAAACGGCUUACACGGGGGCUAUCUGCCCUUCGGUGGCCCUGAGGACCUGUGGACUGAGGGGAGAGGCCCGCAGCGGCUGCUUCAGACCGCUAGCCCGAGUGCCUUGA